AUGGAACGUGUGGUGGAGAUGGCAAAUAACGGUGGUUUCUCCCUCGCCGGCCCCUCCACCACUCCCCGCAAGCGACAGGUGCGAUUCUCCGCCCGCCACGACAUCCUGCUGCUCCGUGAGGUCAUUGCUCAGAACCCGUUCUGUUCCAAGGAGUCGGGUCGUAUCUGGGCCCGUGUCGGGGAGAUCAUCACUGCUGCCCUGCAGGACGAGAGUUUCGAGGUGGACGCCCGGCGUUGCAGGGAGAGGACCAUGCUGCUGCUGGACUACUACAAGAAGCAGGACUUCCCCAGCCUACGCAGGUUUGGGACAGAGAGGCUGUAUGCCCAGAAAGAAGACCUACUCCACGAGGUGUUGGAGCUGGAGGCAGAGAAGGGUCUUCUGGCCAGCGGGGAGAGUAAGUACCAGGAUGAGGAACUCAGGAAACGAGCGUUGGAAGAGCUGGCUAGUCUACCAGAGCAGGACAAACCCAUCAUUAUCGCCACACAAACAGGACAACCCAAAGAGCCCGAGGAGCAGCAGGAGGACCUGGCGGAGCUCUCGCUAGUCUCGGCGGCGCCCAUGGCCAAGCAGCCUUGCCAAUGCUGCUGCCAGACCUACUCAGAGAUCCUCAGCUUCCUGGAGAAGCGCUCGGAGGCGGAACAACGAUUGCGGGAGGAGGAGCUAUUGCUGAGGAGGGAGGAGCUAGAGAUCCAGAGGAGUAAGAUCACUCUGGAGAGAGAGAGGCUGGGGGCGGAGAGGAAGGAGAGGGAGAGGAGGUUCGAGCUGGAGAGCCAGGAAAGACAGGUCAUAUUGGACCUGCUAAAGGAGAAGGUGCUCAAAGGAUGAGAGGAUUGGUGUGGUGGUGGAGGGGGGCAGGUGAGGGGCUAAAGGAACCCUACGUGUAUGGUGUGGACAUAACAUUAAGAUGUUGGGAGGGUGGUACUACCUCUGAAUCGCACCCUCUGCCCCUUGUUCUACGCUAAUGGCCUUAGUGAAGGAAUCUGCUGUGACACCCAUAUCCAAGUGUGGAGAAUCAUGCCUAGCAUUGAGCUAAGCUGGAUGACCGCGUUCCACAAGAACAGUGACAAAAAAUAGGUAGCACAUCCUCACACUGUACAUACCCACACAUUAUCUUAUUAAACAAAUCCGUUGGUGAUAGAUUAAAGCUUUUCAUCAAAUUACAUUUUUAUAGUGAAAAGACAAAAUUGCCAACAAUUCUCCCAAUGUCAAUUAACUCUUUAGUCAAUUCUGACUUUGUGGUCAUUAUUAUAAAGCUGUUCCUGCUGAGAAUUCAAGAAAGUACUUUUACGUAACCUCCUAAUGAUAUGGGAUGGCUGCAAGCAAUUUUGAAACUGUAUUUGUUAAAUUGAGAAAAUAGUAUACAAAAGUUUAAUUAGGCUAGUUAGAUUUCUAGGAAAUAUGACAAAGUUGUGUAACAAUUUUUUAUUUUAUUUGUAUUGUAUUAAAUUAUAC